AUGAGUAAUUGGGAAGUUCUUCAAAAGAAAUUAGCUGAAGAAAAGAAGGAAAAUCCUUCAACAAGCAUUUUUAGUAAUACAACAAAAAAAAAGAAAAAAAUUCAAAAUGGCAUAAAUAAUUUAUCUAAAAUUGUUAAGAAAAAGGAAAGAAAAUCUUUCGAAGAUCAAAAAGUAACAAUUCCAAAUAUAACAUCUUUAAAUGAUAUAAAUAUGUCAAAUGAAGGAGGAAUUGCUUUGCCAUCAGAAGUAACACAAAAAAUUGGAUUAGAUUGUGAAUUUGUUGGUGUUGGACAUUUAGGUUCAGAAGAUUUAUUGGCACGAGUUUCUAUUGUUAAUUAUUUAGGGAAAACAAUAUAUGACAAAUAUAUUAAACCAGAAGUACCUAUUGUAGAUUAUCGAACUAAAUUUAGUGGAAUUAAACCAAGUUCUUUAACAAUGGGUAUAGAUUUCAGUACAGUACAAAAAGAGGUCCAAGCAUUUAUUAUGAAUCGAAUUGUUAUUGGACAUUCCCUUACUUCUGAUUUUGGUGUUCUUAAACUUAAACACCCAAAGCAUCUUAUUAGAGAUACUUCAAAAUUUAAAGGAUUUUUGGAUUGUUUACCAAGUUUUGGAAAUAGUAGACGAACACCAUCAUUAAAGUUACUUGCUCAACAUAUAUUGAAUCUUAAGAUUCAGGAAGGAUCUCAUGAUUCAGCGUUAGAUGCAUAUUAUGCAUUAGAGAUAUACAAAACAAAAGAAAAAGAAUUUGAUAGAUGGGUUAGUGCUAAUAUUAAAAAGAAAAAAAGCAAAUAA